AUGCAGUUUCUACCCACUGCAAAUAACCCUCUUCAGAAGGGCAGCCUCCCUCCGUCUAAGCUCAGCACGAAUAUAAUACCUCAACCGCACUCUGUAUCUGAGCAUGAGGCCAUCGCCUAUUUUUUGCAAGAAUACUCCGUUCAGCCGGGAUCAGGGGGCUUCGGAGGGCAUCUUGACACUCUGCAAGACAUGUACGAAUCAUCUCAUCGCGAGUCAUGUCUUCAAAAGGCCACUCUUGCAACCGCUUACCUGUGUCUGUCACGCCACUAUAAGUCAUCUGCACUCUACUCCUUGGCUUACGAGUACCGUGGCGCUGCGCUGCGAGCUAUUAACAGAGAUUUAGCCUCGACAUCAAGUAGCUUCAAGGACAAGACGCUCACAUCGAUAAUGUUUAUGGGCAUGAUGGAGGACAUCGAUCCUCAAGGGGUCAGUAAGAAACCAUACCAUAUGCUCGGCAUUGCCAGAAUUUACGAAGUCGCUGGCCAUCGACUGCUUAACAACAUCCACAAGAGGCAACUUGAUGGAUGGAUCUUCUCAGAGUUGCAAAUUCCAUCGCUCAACGCUGACAAACCACUCGAUUGUUUGACUGUUCCCGACACCGACUUAGAAACGGGCAACUUUUACAUUCGCUUGGCACACAUCGCCACACGUAUUACUCACUUCUGUCGUCGUGCGAAGCAGCUCUCAUCAGGCAGAGCACUGGAGGCAUCAGAGCGCCAGACUCUACUACGGGAUAAGCUCGUAUCAGUCAUGCAACAAGGAAUGAGUAUUCAAUCGGAGUUGGUCGAAUUGAAAGGCUCGCUGCCACCACAAUGGAGCAACUGGCAGACAAAAUAUGAACAGCUAGCCAGUACUGUAAGCCCAGCACACAUCUCGAGAUGGAUAGCUUGCCUGGGCUGUGGCUUUAACAUGACUUUGAUGCUGUUCUUCAAUACCUUCUUAUCAUGUUGUCGUACCCUUGUGCGCAUCGAUUAUCGCAACAAGCGACCAACGCUAGAGACGCGUUUAGCCGAAACGUCGAUGCCGCUAGCAGCAGCACAAUUAAAAAGACUGGUCGCUUCUAUUUGCAAGGCUUUGCCGUACAUGAUGGGCGAGGUUGAUGAAAGAGGGGCUCGACUCCCCAUACCGCAGCCACAGGCUAUCGUUGCUUAUCGUCUCAUCUGGCCACUUGCUGUUGUCAUUGUCAGCCCACAAAGCACGCAUGAACAAAUUCAAGAUUGCCGAGCAAGAUUGAAUUGGAUCAGGGAUCAGUAUGGAAUGAAGCUUGCCUCUGAUGUUAUAACCUUAGCAAAAGACCUAAUGAAUUAA